GACGAGAAAGUUGAGGCUGCUUGUAGUACAUGACGUCACACCUGCGCUGUUCGCUUGCCCCGACAGAGACGUGGCAAGGAACAAUUUGUAUCAAAUCUCCAAGCGCUUGCCUUAUUAAUUGUGGUGUUUCUUGUGUGAAGUGCAUACGGUCAGCCCGGAUAACCGACCAGCUAUGGGACUCACGUUAUCAUCCUUGUUCUCGCGUCUUUUCGGGAAGAAGCAAGUUCGGAUACUGAUGGUUGGCCUGGACGCGGCCGGAAAGACGACUAUCUUGUACAAACUCAAGCUCGGUGAAAUAGUGACUACCAUUCCUACCAUCGGCUUCAACGUAGAGACUGUCGAGUACAAGAACAUCUGCUUCACCGUGUGGGAUGUCGGAGGACAGGACAAGAUCAGACCGCUGUGGAGACACUACUUUCAAAACACGCAGGGCCUCAUUUUUGUCGUCGACAGCAACGACAGGGAACGAAUCACCGAGGCACAGGAUGAACUGCAGAAGAUGCUCAGCGAAGAUGAACUGCGAGAUGCUAUCCUACUGCUCUUUGCCAACAAACAAGACUUGCCUAAUGCCAUGCCUGUAGGAGAACUUACUGAAAAGCUGGGUCUGAACCAGCUGAGAAACCGAAGGUGGUACAUCCAGUCAACUUGCGCAACACAGGGACAGGGUCUGUACGAAGGUCUGGACUGGCUCUCCAACGAGCUCUCGAAAGCAAAGUAACUCCUGCUUCCCUUUUGGCAAGCAAGCAAAGCCAGGGGGCAGCAACCAGUUUUCCUGAAGAGGAGGAGGAGAAACUAUUUGCAAGGGGGGAGGGGGCAGCUGCCAUCAUGUGAAGUACAGAAGAAAGCUUUCGCCGCACUCUCUCCUCGUGCUUUUGCAAGAACCACCCGGAGAUUGGAAAUGCUUUGGAAGCUGUCAAACGGCUGGCGUUUCAGCCAGCUUCUUCAACCAGCGCUGCUUGUAAACACAUUUUUUUAUUAUUUAAAUUUCAACAAGCAGCACUGACGAAAGGAAACUGUACUUGACAUGCUGUUUUUCGAAGCAUGGCACUUUCUUUUCUUUCUUUUCAUUGUGUAUGGGCAGUAAUAAAUUAUCGUUCCUCUCUUUUUUUUUUACUGUGCUAAGUUUGAGAAAAUAGUUGGGUUUUCCUGGGGAUGAUGUUCGAAACAACUGGGAAAAUUGUAACGACGUGUCAACGCCAAGCUGCUGCAUUUGUCACCAUGUAGUGAUGGCUGCAUCAUCGUACGAUUUGAGUCUUUUUUUCUUUGUACAAUGCGUGCGUGCAGAGGAAGCAAACCAAAAAGUUAGUCAUGUUGAAAUUCUAGUUUACACUUUCCAGGUGCUGUUUCUUUUUUGUGGCGUUUGAGCUUCACCUAGAUUGUGCGUGUGACCUACUGUGUGUUCUUACUUGUACAUAUUUCUCGGUAGGGGAGAUUUUUUUUUGUUUGUACUUGAUCUGUCGGGCAUUUAUGGGACCAACCUGACUUUUGACUGUCUUUAGGCAUCGUAAUAAUGAAAUGUUGUCACGCAAGUUUCUGUGGCAUAUCAAAACCUCGCAUGCGUGUACAAGGAUUUGAAAAAAAAUUUCAGGGGAAGACGCGUUCAUUCGAUUGUCUCUGAAUUUCUGCCACAUUGAAGAACUUUUGACACUAAAAAAAAAUUGUUCUUUUUUGGCACCUGUGAUAACUGCACCUCUGUUUGUCUGGUUGACUUUGCUGUUUUAAUUUCCAUGGAGUCAUGUUGCCUAGGCCUGACAAGUCAUGUAAUAAAGUAUAGGAUGAAA